UGCUCAAGUCAUUCAUGCCAUCAAAGCGAGGAAGAAGGGGGAAGAGUCGGAGUCUGCGCUUCACCUGCCAAUCCGGGCGCGCAUGUUGGAGUUGACAAUUAUUUUUCAACCUCCGCAUCUACGCAAGUCCUCCUGCUAUUCUGUAACUGCUUGCAUGAUCAGCAUUGUAUAUUAUUUCGUUUCUCUUUCAGCGGUGCACAUGGAAAGGAGUGGUCAUAUAUCCUGGUUGUCUUUUCAUUAUCUCCUCUUGUGUUGAUUGACCCUGCUUCUUCGAACGACCGCAUCCAACGACCAUAUGGCUUCACUUUCCAGAUCUCUCCGGCCUGUGGUUCGUCUUCGACUACCAGCACACUGUUCGUCACGUCGUUCCGCCAGUUCAAUUCCUCGACCGAAGAAGCCCACUGGUCCCGCGAAAUCAUCUAUACCACCCAGCUCCUCUCCGCCAGUGCCGAAACAACGCCCAAGCCCGACUUCAUCUUCCUCUCUGACACCGGAUUUAUUACAAAAGCAGUGGUAUGCCACGAAACUUUACAAUCAGGGCAAGCCUCAGAUACAUAGGGCACCUUCGCAUGCAGGCAUUUUGGGGGCGUCAUAUAUCCUUGCCGGGUCAUGCUUCAUCACUUCUGGCGCGUUGGCCUUCAGCAAUCUGUGGCUAUACGAUGAAGCUUCAGAUCUACCGGGAAUAGUAAGAAUAGGAUGGCGUCUUGGAAUAAUCACCUUCACGGGUAUUGGGUGUCUAGCACUACUUCGCCCGAUCAACUUGAUCAAAUCGAUCGAUCUUGUAAAUUCAGACAACGUCGUCAAGCUUUUAGUGCAGGUCAGACGACCUGUACCGUUUCUGCGGCCGAAACAGUACAUCAUUCCUCCCUACGAGUUUCGAAUGGACCAUACAUUUGUGGCGCCGAUGGAGGAUCCUGAAUACCUGCGCGAUGAUGCUCCUGAAACACGGUCAAUAUUAUCGAGCAUAGGACGGCGCAUAAGCCAAGCAAUCUAUUACCCUUUCGCUGCCACAAGGAGGCUUAUGACACUCGAGGGCUUCAUGUACGUUCAACUCAAAGAAGGAGCCGCAAAGGUGAAGCUGGAUACGCAAGGGACUUUCUCCAAGCAAGGGAAGGAUUUGGUGCAGAUGGGCACCAUUGAGCUAUGAAACGAUCAACCGAACGGGCGGGUGUGAUAGGAAGGGUGCUCAACCAAUUCUUUCCAGACACCGGCGUUCUACGACCGUUUUCUGCUUUGGUGCAUGCUGGUGUCCAGCAGGAACGUGACCUUGUGAGCACAAUCAAAAUGCUGUCACUGCCUCACUCUUUGGCGAUCAGUGUUGUCUUUCGACUUUCGCAUCUCCGCUCGCAAUUCCAUCAUAUGUGCAUGCCUUCUCGACCUUGCAAGGACUUUUGGGUGGCCUGGAAAAUGCUAUGUUUCUCAGGGUCCUCAAAUGAAGGGACGGCUUUGCUGCCAGGCCAGCGUUAUGGUGAAUCCUGCUGGAUUAUGGACGAUUGGGCGGUGCCAGAAACGCACCCAAACAGUCAUCCAGGCCUAUGCGCAACAAUCAGCUACGAGGAGCGCAGACUUGCGGCCUACUACUUUGCGGAGGAUCCAAGUGGGGCAGGACCGAGUCUGACCUCGAAGUCGUCUUUGUGA